GCGAGCUGCAGAGAUGGGAAACAGCAGGAAAUGAGAUUAAUGCGCAGGUAAAAAUUGUUGGAUCGCAGUCGGACGCAUGAGUUGCCAAUUAAAUUGUUUGAACUCGCAGAUUAGAUUGUUGUUGCCAGGUGGGAGUAGAUCUGCAGUGGAGGGAAAGCAGGGGAAAAUGUGCCGCGUCUGUUGCGCCACCGGUGCGCUUUCUGGGGACGGAGCGAGCGACGGCGACGCGCUGACACCCCGCUUUUAGAUGGCUCCAACAUUUGGGGUGCAAAACAGGUGUCAGGGAAGUGUCGUCACGAACCCCGGAAGCCGGAGGAGGUGGGAACAUCAGAGGGAAAGAUGGCAGCGAAAUCCGAUGGUCGCGGGGUCGUCACCGGUUUCGCCCAGCUGCACAAUCUGGACGAGGUGGUGGGGACGGGAGAGGACGACACUCGGGACGGCAGCUCAUUCCACAUCUGUCACUGCUGCAACACCUCGUCGUGCUACUGGGGCUGCCGGAGCGCCUGCCUGCAUUACCUCCGGGGGAAGGGGAAGGGAAGAGAUGCAGCGCGACCACCGCAGGAGGAACGCCUCUGGCUGGACUGCCUGUGGAUCAUCCUGGCACUGCUGGUGUUCUUCUGGGACGUGGGGACCGAUUUGUGGCUGGCCGUCGACUAUUAUCACAAACAGGACUUCCUGUGGUCAGGCCUGACCCUGUUCUUCGUGCUGGUGCCCUCGGUUCUGGUUCAGAUCCUGAGCUUCAGGUGGUUUGUCCAGGAUUACACGGGGGGAGGACUGGGCUCCGUGGAGGGGCUGAGUAGUCGUAGAGCUACAGCCAGUUUGCAAAGAGACAGGUGCUGCCGCCUCUCCGUCUGGGUCUGGCAGACCCUUAUACACAUCUUUCAGAUGGGACAAGUGUGGAGAUACAUCCGCACGAUGUACCUCGGCAUUCAAAGCCACCGGCAGAAGGAGAACCAGCGGCGUUUUUACUGGGCUAUGAUGUACGAGUAUGCCGAUGUCAACAUGUUGCGGCUGCUGGAGACUUUCUUAGAAAGCGCCCCUCAGCUGGUGCUGCAGCUCUGCAUCAUGAUCCAGAGCAACAAGACUGAGUGGCUGCAGUGUCUUUCUGCCGUGUCCUCCCUCCUGUCCCUGGCAUGGGUGCUAGCCUCUUACCACAAGCUUCUGCGUGAUUCACGUGACGACAAGAAGAGCAUGAGUUACAGAGGUGCCCUGGUGCAUCUGUUCUGGCGCCUUUUUACCAUCUCUUCACGGGUGCUCUCCUUUGCCCUCUUUGCCUCUGUUUUCCACAUCUACUUUGGCAUUUUUGUGGUGCUCCAUUGGUGUGCCAUGGCUUUCUGGGUCAUCCAUGGCGGCACUGAUUUCUGCAUGUCCAAGUGGGAGGAGGUACUGUUCAACAUGGUGGUGGCCGUGGUCUAUGUCUUCUGUUGGUUCAAUGUACGAGAGGGCCGGACACGGUACAGAAUGGUGGCCUAUUACACAGUAGUACUGUUAGAAAAUGCCAUCCUCAGCUCCCUUUGGUAUGCGUAUCGCGACCCAGCCACCACUGACGCCUAUGCCUCUUUUGCCCUCUGCGGCGUCUUCCUGUGCUUUGCCUCAGGUGUGGCCUGUAUGGUUCUCUACUACGGGGUCCUACACCCCAUGGGCCCCCGACUGAGGGUGCUGGCCAGCUCCUGCUGUGCUGAGCUGUUGUGGGGCCUUCCGUUACCCCCUGAAGCUGAGCCAAUGGCUCCCACACCAGGGCCCCGUGGCUCCCAGGCCACUCCAACACGGGGUCUGGCAGGGGAACAUGUGGACUCAGACGAAACAGCCACAGACACCUGCCUUCCAGUUUUCCAGGUGAGGUCCACAGAGCCUGUGGAUGCAGCUGGUAGGCCCAUCCGACCUGAGGGUCCACUCAUCAAGAUAGACAUGCCCAGAAAACGUUACCCAGCCUGGGAUGCGCACUUUGUGGAUCGGCGCCUGCGCAGGACCAUAAAUGUGCUUCAGUAUGUCAGCCCUAAUGCGGUGGGCAUCAGGUACAGGGACGGUCCACUUCUUUAUGAACUCCUGCAGUAUGAAUCCUCCCUCUGAAGGCUUCUCCCACAGCUCUGUCAUCCCCUCAUCCACAAUAUGAUAAACAUGCUCUUAUUUUCUUUCACUUCUCCCCUUUCCUUCUCUCCAGAUAUGAUCUCUUUCCAUCCCGCAUUUCGACUCUUUCCUUCUCUCAUCUGUGGUCACUCAAUUUCCUGCAGGAGAUGUGUGUUUUGUCAACCGGAAAUCUGUUAAGACAGUCUAAACACACAGUCAUGAUUUAUUUUUGGAAAUAAACAUACAGUACAGAGAGAAAAUUAUGAACCUAAAAUAUGUUAUGUGAUAUAAACAAAUCCCUCUGCACUGAUAGAGGGGGAUUAUGUAUGAGAGUGUAGAUAACAUAUGAAUGUUUCAUUAUGAAAUGUGUUUAAUGCAUUAUACUGUAUUGGUGAUUGAACCUGUGAAUACUUGUGAAGGGCAUACUGUAUGUCCCCGGGACUUGCGCAAAGCCUGCUGGGAAUGAUGGAGGAGAGGGGGCAGGUCUUUGCAUAUGCCCACAUUUACCACCAUUCUUUAUGUAACUCAUUGAACUAUAUGAUAAUGUUUACGAAGUCCUCAGCCUAAAAUUCCUUUAAUGAUUCUGUAAAUUCUAACAAUGCACACAAUCACAAAUUUUUCCAAAAGACACAGUUCUGAAUAUAUCUCCCUUCGGCAAGCUUAUAUGGCACAAGAGCGUCCCAGCUAUGCCACUUUUGUUACAAAUUUCAAAUCAAAACUACAGCCUGCGUGGAAGAAAAAAAAAAAGCACACUGACCUUCAAUCAGUUUUACCCACACAAUCCAUUUUUAUAGUACAGACUGCCCUCCAGUGGAGGCAAGCUCCAACAGCAUGCCUUAACUUAUAAUUGUAUUUUUUUCCCCAUAUGGUUGUGACAGCACUUGAGAUAACAAAACACAAUGAAGGGACUGUAGUAGAAAUGAGCACAACGUUUUCUAAAUUUGUGAGGAAGUAGAAAAUCAUAUGAAAAACAUUCCAAACACAAAAAAGAUUAGAGGUGUUUAACAAAGACUGAAGGAGCAAAGUGCAGAGACAGCCUUCAAGGAAUCCUCCACCAUUCCCUUUUGAAUCCUUUUUCAACCUCCCUAUGUUGUUUUUAUAUUUAAAAAAAAUGGUUUAGGUAAUACACACUUAUUGGCUGCAAAGCCCUGUAAUAGGUUAUUGGGGGGAAAAAAGAGGUCUGAGAAGAUAUUUCUGUGCUAUUAUACUUCAGUGCAUAUUUGUGUCCACAUUGAUAGUUACUGACAUAGCUUUAUAUUUUGCCACACACACUUUUUUAACAUCGCCAUGUUUAAAGGUAUAUUCUCCUCAACAUCAGUGUGCCCUAAAAGAGAUGAUGCUCUUAUAUGGGUGUACAGGGCAACUGUGCUGACACCUGCUAUAUCGCAGUUGAAACAAAGCCAAAUCGUAUCUUACAGUACUGUCUUUCCAAUUUAUUCUGCCCUCCCCCCUUGAACCAGUUGAAUGAGUCUGUGCGAAACGUGUGCCAUCUAAAGGCCUGCUGUACAGCAAUUAUACACUUAAAUACAUCUCCUGCUGAAUCUGCAGGAGCUCUCCAAAAACGAUACCCAAGGGAAGACACUGAAUUCACUCGAAGAAGUGAACGCAGUGAUCCUUCGAAGUCAAAGGAGCUCGACUAACAUUUCUAGAGAGGGCUACAAUUCAUGAGAAAAAAAAAAAGAAUGCUUUUCAUACUUCAAUUGUAUCUAUUUACUCGAUGACUCAUCUGAAUACGUAUAUAAUGUGUGUUUUUUACAUUGUAGUGUUUGGCAUGACUUUAGUAUGAGGCAUUAGUACAAAUGCACCCAACAAGGGAUGCCCAAGAGCUCUACGCAACACAGAGAUUCCUUUUCCCCCUGGCUCACUGGCUUUCUGCUUUGCUGUGGCCUCACGUGCCUGCUAACAUCGUACUGUAAAAGGCAGACACCAUGUGACUCAGGGCUAAAGGUGAAAGAGGGUUUUUGCCAGGGUUGGAA